UCAGUCCUGCAGCCACUGGACAUGAAGGUCUACGCGGACCGCUUCACCCCGCUCACCACCACAGACGUGGCUGCCGGCUUCUGGCAGCCCUACAUCUCCGACCCCAGAAACCCACAGGAGGCGGACUGGAACAAGCAGACCUUUGACUAUCUCUUGAGCCACGUCCAUUCUCCCAAUGCUGAAAAAAUGGGCCUGGCCCUAAUCUCAGGCUACAACCUCUUCCGUGAAGAUGCCAGAAUUGUUACUGAAUGGACUGGCUUGCGGCCGGUACGCCCCCAGAUUCGGCUAGAAAGAGAACAACUUCGCAUGGGACCUUCAAACACAGAGGUCAUCCAUAACUAUGGGCAUGGAGGCUACGGGCUUACCAUCCACUGGGGCUGUGCCCUGGAGGCAGCCAAGCUCUUUGGGAAGGUCCUGGAAGAAAAGAAGUUGUCCAGGAAGCCACUGUCUCACCUCUGAAGACCCCAGUGACCACAGCCCCAACAAAGACUCCCCACUUCCCUUGGCCAACUAAUCAGUGUGCUCCUCUAUAAGCCAUUGCCUACCCCUCGCUCCACCCCUGGCUUCUUUCUGCAAAGAACACGAGGUGAGAGAAAAUCAAUUCCUGGAGAAGAGCUCAGCCCAACCGGGGGCCCUCUCUGAUCUCUGAGGUCUCUCUGCCUUCUCUGAGUCUGACACUAUGAAGAACAGCUGGGGGGCUAUUAGUCCAAGGGUCUUCAUAAGAAAGGAUAGCUCAGAAAAUCAAAGAGGGCAGCUGCCCAGAGCCACAGAAAAUUGAGGCUAGUCGAGGUUAAGUAACUUGAUUACAUGUCAUACUGAUAUAUUAAAGGUUCUGAAAAGCUCUGC